GUCAUUUGUCACAUCAUGUUUAUGAGUUGUUAAUUAUUUCAAGUAAGGUGUAUUGUUUGUAGUCCGUAACUGUUAUAUUUUCCAAUUCUCAAUAUUAUCUAUACAACAGCAUAACGAAAGUUUUUAAUGUGCCUUAAUACAGUUAACGUGAGAUAUGGAAUGAUGUUAUAAACACGAUCCCUAUUGGAAUAAGAACACCAUAACUUUAAGCUCCACAGUCACAACUAUGGCAACAGUACAAAACCUAGAAACUAAAUGUAGAACACUCCGCUCUGACAGUAUGAACAAUGAGAUAUCAUCGACAUCCAGCGAGGAGGGAUCCUCGGAUCCUAUUGUGAAGUUCAACAACUUCUACAAGAGCAGUUACAAGGAAUCCGCAUCCGACAACGAGAUAAUCGUAUCAAAGCCAAUCCAGAGGAAUUGUUACAAGUCCCUCGGGAACAUAGCGGAUUAUAAUGAAAUAAAUCACAAUACCAUACAGAACAGCAUCAGUAAUAUAGAUGUCAGCCUGCACAGCAGCGAGAUAAAGAAGUUCGAGUCUCUAAGGAUACCUAUAGUAGGCUAUGAGGUGAUGGAGGAACGAGCUAGGUUCACGAUAUACAAGCUGAAGGUGGAGGAUGAUAAGCGGGACCAGUCCUGGCUGGUCUUUAGGAGAUACACGGACUUUGUUAGGCUGUACAAUAGACUGAAGAAUGAACAGCCAAAUAUUAUGCUCCCGUUGCCAGGCAAGCGCUGGUUCAGGGACAAUUUCGAGACUGCCUUCCUAGAGGAGAGGGUGAGGGGCUUGCAGGUGUUCGUCAACGCUAUUCUAAGCAAGCUGCCGAAUCACAAGAUCGUAAGGGAGUUCUUCUGUCUAGAUGAACCGCCGCAGGUGUUCAGUUACCAACCGGAAGUCCAAGCUGUGUACGGAGCCUUGGAAGACUCGAUAACGACCUUGAAGGUCCAACUCAAGCAGAAAGACGCGACAAUAAUGCAUCUCACGAAACGCCUGGCCCUUCUGGAAAGCCAGAUCAAAAGCUGCCCCACGUGUACAAAUAAAACCGGUAAUUAAUGUGAUUGUGAAGACAAUAAUUGUUUAUACGGAAACUAUAUUUUAAGUGAUAAUUUAAAAAUUUUUGAUAAUUUUAGUAACAUAUUGAUAUACCCUCAAUACUAUUUCGGUUUUUUUCUAAAUGUCUCCGUUUGGGAGUUAUAUUAAAUUAAAUAAAAAAUGAAUUUAGUAUAAUAAACUACUUUUUCUCUUUAAAAAGGUCUGGAUAAUGAAAAAUAUUUUUUUUUAAGCAGCGAACCGCUUCCACACUCUCGCCUUCAAUAAACAUGUCAUAAGCCGGUAGUGUUGAGGGGUCAUAAAUUUAUUAAUAAACAUAUAUAUAUUCAUUAGUACAAAAUAGCACAUUAUUUUUUCACUUCACCAUCCAGUAUGGGAAACUGAACAUUACUUUUUUGUAUACAAAAAAUAUUAUACAAUAUGAAUUUUAAUUAUACAACCUGUUGGUGUAUAACUGUUAGUGAAAAUAAUGUAUAACUCUUAAUAUAGUACUGUUAUUAGAUUCAUAUAAAUUUUUAUAUAUUGAUCACAUAGAUUUUUAAAUAUACUUAAGAUACUCAAAGAACCAUUUUUGUUAUUCAGCAUUUCUUCAAGCAUUUUAUUAUCUGUGGUACAAAUUGUUAGUGAUAUACGAAUUAAAUGAAAUAAUAAUUAAAUUUAUUUAAGUUUAUAAUGUGGCCUUAAUUUUUUUUUUUAAUUGAUAUUUUAUAUGAAUAGGUGCUAUUUGUCACUUAGCUUAAGCAUUUUAAUGUGAUGAUAUUUUAAUAGAGAACAAUUUUUUA